AUUCGUAUUGGGCUUGCUUGUGCUUGCUGCGAGUAAAUUGAGCUUGAGGCGCAUAGCUGCGUUGAAAAUCAAUUUUUAUUUAAUUUUCUAUGAAUUAAAUUCAUGUGUUACUAUUUCGAUUCUAUCGUAUUAUGAAGAAUGGAAUGUACACAUUUAUUAGAUAACGUCAAGGUAGAUAAUUUCAACGUUGAGGACACGACGAUCACAAAGAACUUCAAUUGUUCAGAAUGUGCUGUAGAGGAACAAAAUUGGUUGUGUCUGCAUUGUGGGGUAGUCAACUGCGGCCGCUAUGUCAAAGGUCAUGCAAAGCUUCAUGCAGAGACACUUGAUCACCAGCUUUGUAUGAGCUGUGACGUCUAUUCUGUUUACUGUUACAAAUGUGAUGAUUAUGUAUCAAAUGAUUUGGAAUAUAGCCCAAUAGAUAAAAUAAGACAAAGUAUUAUGAACCUUAGACGGCAACAUGAUGCAGAAACCAAUGGUAAUUUAGAACAAUGUGAGGACAACAGCAAGGAUGGCAGUGAGGGGUGUAACAGUGUGUCCAGUACCUCAGUAUCGGAUAAAGCAACAUCUCCCGGCGGGAGUGGCGACGACUCCAGAACACCUGAUGUUAUAUUAUCUACCGUGUCGUUUGGCGAUGUACCUAAUCUGACUCCAGAAACCAGCGAAACUAAACAUCCAAAAAGUAUUAAGAAUUCUGAUGAACCAGUUCGCAGUCUAAGACCUCGUUCACGCAAAAGAACUCACUCGGACGAAAGUAGUUCUACCGAAAACAGCACCACACAGCCAUCUAGAAAUAAGGAAAAGAAAACAUCACCAUGCAAUGGAAAAAGUCAACGAGAGAAGAAAGUCGUAGGAUUAAAAAAUUUAGGCAAUACUUGUUUUAUGAAUGCGGUACUACAAAGUCUUAACAAUAUACAGGAGUUUAGUUGCUACUUUAGUCAACUGCCGUCACUAGAAAUGAAGACGAAUGGGCGGAAAGUGUAUCAUUCGAGGAGUUACACGAGGCAGGAGAUGCAUGAUGUUGUCAUGGCCGAAGAAUUAAGGAAGGUCCUCAUAAACUUGAACAGCGGUUGCGGUUCGAAGGGCGCUAUAUCUCCGGAAUGCUUGUUCCUCGUCAUCUGGAAGGUGGUGCCGCGGUUCAGGGGCUACCAACAGCAGGAUGCUCAUGAGUUCCUGCGUUAUAUGCUUGACCGAUUGCACACAGAGCUGCAACAGUUGCUGCCGGACCGCGCGGACAGCGGGUGUGUUCCGCGCGCGCCGUCCGCGUCCAUCGUCACCGCCGUGUUCGGCGGCACACUGCAAAGCGAAGUGCGUUGUCUAGCGUGCGGCACUGAGAGCAAAAAGUUCGAUCCAUUCUUGGACCUAUCGCUUGAGUUACCUGAAAUUGGCAGACACGAGGCACCCGUCGCCCUUAGCGACUGUCUAUCGAGCUUCGUACAGGUGGAAGAAUUAGCAGACACGGAGCGUUAUUUCUGCAGCAGUUGUAAGAGCAAACAGAAGUCUACCAAGCAGUUCUGGAUCCGCCGACUACCCAACGUGUUGUGUCUACACCUGAAGAGAUUCCGGUGGCAUAACUAUUUCAGAACCAAGGUGGACACGAGCAUAUCAUUCCCUCUCCGCUCGCUGGACAUGUCCCGCUUCGUGCUGAGCAACGUGCCCGACACGCGCCGCUCGGGGCAGGGGAACAACCUCUACGACCUCGCCGCCGUCAUCGUGCAUCACGGCUCCGGCGCCGGUUCGGGCCACUACACAGCAUUCGCGAUCAACGAGGAGCAGUGGUUCCACUUCAACGACCAGACGGUCCGCGCGGCCGACGCCGCCGCCGUGGCGGGCUGCAAGCCCUACAUCAUGUUCUACAUCCGCCGCGAGCUGUCGCUGCCGCCGCUGCCGCUGCCCGUGCCACUGCCCACGUGACCUCCACACCCACCCCCCACCACGCGCAGGAACAGGCGAUAGCUACCUGAAUAUAUAACCACGAUAUAAUCACUUCAGAGUUCUGAUACUGUGUUUUGUAAAUUUAAGUUCUCGAUAUUUGCCGGUUAAUAACGUUAACUAUCUCAGCGACUAUAAGACGACCUAAAGCCGAUGACAGUUUUAUUAAAUUAACAGUUCUAAAAGUAAAUUCCACGUAAAUAAGUAGUAGUGUUAACUUGGACAAAAUUCAGUAUCGGCACUCUGACUGAUUAUCUAUCGCAUGCGGUUGCCCGCAAGUUGGUGACGGUAACUUUGUAAAUGCGAUGCCCGCAUGCGGUUAGAGGACUGCGUGCGAGAACCAUGUCAUAUAUUUUUAUUUUACCUCUUUCAUAAAACUUGUACAUUUUACCUGAAAUUGUUAAUUAAUAGGCGCGUCAUACGGAACAUCACCAUUUUAGUUGUAACACCUAUAAAUAAGUAGCUUAGCGUACACUUAACAUUCAACAAAAAUGAAAAACGCGCUGUGAGUUUUCCUCUUAAAAUCUUUGGUACUUUAAUCGUGAGCUACGCCUCCAUUUUGGAUAACCUCAUGACGUCAUGGAGUGGCAUACAGUUCACCUCAAAUAAAUUGUCCUCUCCGAAUUCAGCCAUUUGGUGCCUCACACAUGCGCAAUAGUGUUUUGUUCAUACAUUUUUCCUGAUGCGCAGUUACUGAUAGCCAACUUCAGAGUGGCAGAGUUAUUUGACGUGAGCUGUUGAACAACUUUCGAGAUGACGUUUCAAAUUGGUAGUUUUGUUGACAAUGAUCUCGUCUACUUAAACAUUGCUAUCGUCAGCACCACAAAGAUUGAGGCUUGCGUGUUAUCUCGCAAUACAAAUUAUCUAAACAAUGGACGAUACAUGUGAUCACUUCGCAUAUACAACGCGUGGCGAAGCAUCUAGAUCAGUGGUUCUUAACCGGUGGUCCGCGGACCACUGGUGGUCCCUGGAGGCAUUCCAAGUGGUCCGCGAAGCUUAGCUUUGACGACGUUGCUAUACGUUAUCUAACUUAAUUUUUAUCG